ACGGAGCUUGCACGCAGCACUGAGACGAUGGGCAUGUCUGCGGAGGAUGAGCACACCGUGAGCCCCAAAGAUGAGGAAUGGCCAGAAGUGGAGAAGGCUGAGAAGUUAGCAAGAGGAGCUGCUCUGAAAUGGGCUUCAGGGGUGUUCUACUGCCCCGAGAAACUAGAAGGGCUUGGGCAGUACCGGAGCCGGGAAACACAGAGGAACAGCUCCAUCCAGUCCCGGCUGAAGUCGACUGUCCAGUCCUACCUGGAGGGAGUGAACGCAGGGCUGCAGCAGCUGCGGUCAGCGGCCGAGGAGGUGCAGAGUGUGUGCCAGGACUUGGGGGCUGCACGGUGGGCCCUGCUCGACAGUGCUGACCACUUCCAGGUCUUGCAGCAGAUGCGGGCACUGAUGGCGGAGCAUGUGCAACUGGCCUCAGUGGUAAAGGUCCUGCCCCAGCUAUUCUCAGUCCAUGAAGUUUUUUCCCAUACCCUGCAGCUGCUCCACGAGCAGCACCUCCUGGAGGCCCAUGCUGAGCUCAUGAUGUUGGAGCACCUCCGGGAUGACAUCCUCUUCCAGCUGCACCUCCAUGGACUCUCCAGUGCCCAGGCCACUGUGCUGUCCUACUUCAGUGGCCUGCAGGAGCUCAACGAGACCCUGGCCAAGCAGCUGUGGGGCAUCGUGGGUCGUAGCCUUCAGCUGGUGAGGGAGGACCCAGUCCUUUUCGUCUCCGCUGUAAGGAUCAUCGAGCGGGAGGAGAAAAUAGAUGACGCUCUGCUCCUGGACGCCACCUUCCUGCCCCCUGGCCGCCCCAAGGGCUGGAGGCAGAAGUUUUACCAUAUCCUCCAGGAGACCAUCACAGGAUCCCACUUCCACCCUGCCUGUGUGGACACCACAGGCCCAGGGCUGUCCAGACACCUGGCAGCACUGCAGAGGGAUGUCGUGGCUGAGCUGCAUGUGGUAAAGGACCUGAUGGUACAGUGUGUCCCAGCUCACUACAACAUCCUCAGCAUCUGCACUGCCAUGUACCACCAGGCCCUCACCAGCCACCUCCAGGACAUCCUCCAAGAGGACCUGGACAAACAGGCGCUUUUCCUCCUCCUUGAGUGGGUGCUCCAUGUGUACCACAGCCCAGAGAUGAUGAGUCACCCUGGCCUUCUCCCAGAAGUGGACAUUUCAGCUCUGGGCCCCUUGAUGUCUCCUGACCUUGUAGAUCAGACAGAGAGGAAAUACGUGCUGAAAGUCAAGGCCAGCGUGCUUGAGUGGAUGCAGAGAACCCUGGAGGUGGAGUUCAAGGAGUGGUUCAGGGAGGAAGAACCUGAGAUGGACCACCAGGGCUUCUUCCAGUCAGCCCUGCCUGUAAUUGUCAUGCAGAUGCUGAAUGAGAAUAUCCAGGUGGCCUCCCUGAUAACAGGCUCUCUGCAGCAGAAGGUCUACAGCAUGGCCAUGGAGGAGCUUGAGGCAUUUCUGGGCCAUCUGCGGGAAGCCCUAGUGCAAUGUGGGAAGGAGCACCAGAGGGACCGUACCAUACCCAAGUACUACAUCCCCUACCUGCUCGCUGUGCUCAACAACAACCUGGCUCUCAGCUCCUCUGUCCGCUCUCUGCACCCUGAUACGGCCCACAGUGAAGUCCCUGUGUCCCUCCGGGCCGCUCUGGACAGGACACAGAGGAAAGUCUGCCAGCUGCUGCUGGAGGAGCUGCUCCUGGACCUGCAGCCCCUGUGCAUGCAGCUGCCUUCCCGCAAGUGGCUCUCUGGGUCCCAGCUGGUCAGCAGCAUGUGCGAAGUGAUAGACAAGUAUGCAAAGGACUUCUCCCGCGUCAGGAAACCCAUCUUCAUGCUCCUGUUGAUGGAGAGCGAGCACCUGGUGACAAGCCAAUACCUACGGGCACUCAUGCAGAAGAAGAUGGUGUGCAAAAGUGAGGAGGAGCGGGGCCAGCUCUGUGACCGCUUGCUGCAGGAUGCCACACAGCUUCGGGAACUCUUCCAUGGCCUGGGCCUGGACAGGAGCCAGCAGAGCCUCGAGGCUGUGUUUGCCUUGCGUGAGCUGAUCUGCCUCAAGGACCCAGCGCUGCUCAGUCUGGAGGUGCUGGGCUUCAUCACCAAGUACCCCGAUGUCAGCGAUGAGCAUGUCUCCACCUUGCUGGAUCUCCGGGGUGACGUCUCUAAGGAGGUGCGACACAUGGUGUUGGAAAUGAUGGCGCAGCACCCCCAGGCCCUGCCUGAGAGCUACCAGCCCAUCUUCAGCAUAAUCCUGGUCCCUGCACCAGAGCUGCCCUUCUGCCUUCGCAAGGGCAAGUGUGCCUGAUUGGGGAGCGUCGCAGCCCACUCCCCUGCCUCUCCAGAUGUACGAACCAAGCAGGACAUCAUUGAAGCUUUAUGUGGGGCAAAAUGGAGAUGAUACAUGGCAUUCCCCCAUGCACGCAACCCGGGCCUGGGUUAGCAACAGCCUGGACACAUGCCCUGCUCCUGUGGUCUUGCCUCACUGAGCGUGCUUUCACCACUACCCCCUUUCCUCACCCUCCCCCCCAAGCACCAGCACCAGUAGACCUGGGGCAGGAGAAGAUCAACCUAUAGGUCUUUUGCUGGUCUGCUCAGGCAGUAAUUUGGGUCUGGUCUGGGCUAGCCUAUUGCUUGCAGGAGAAAGUUAAGCAGCAGAGGACAGGAACAGAGACCAUAGGUGGGGCGAGCUGUGACAGUGGGGCUGCAGAGAUUUUUGGGUUUCCCUGAGUAUCCAGACAGCCACCUGAGGCAGAGAGUGUCCUGGCCUUUGACUCUGUUAUCCUUCUGGCUCAAGGAUGAGCUGGAGCCCUGCUAGACCCAGGCUUGCAGGAGAGUUUUUGCUAUAUGAGGAGUUCUUCUGUUCUCUAUCUAUCUGCUUGGCUCAGACCAGAGGGUGGGUCUGCCUUCCCUGUUGCACCAGCCUGGGCUCUGCAUGU